GGCUAGAUAUCAUAACGGUACAAGUGGUCCUUUAGCACCAGAUCUUGAUGAAAUCAUUGGAGACUCAGAUGAAGAAAGCCAAUCAAAUGAGGAGGUACUUACUUCGGCUGAAUUAUUAGAACGUUUAUAUCAAGUCUUAUUCAAACUGAAGUGAAUCAAUUGGAGGCUGAAGCGAAAUCUUUACCGGCUGGUGAUUUAAAAGCUCAAAUGAAACGAAUUCAAGUUGAACGAAUCCGUUUUAUUAUUGCAGAUUAUAUGCGGGUUCGUAUUAAAAAGAUUGAAAGAUUCGCUGAGCAUGUCUUGGCUGAAGAACGAUCACGUAAUCCGAAUGAUCCGCCGCAUCUAACUGUAGAAGAAUACCUUUUCGCCAAAUCAUAUGCAAACAGUAUUCGAGAUUAUUUAAAGAACAAUAUUAUCAAUCGUUUACCGGCUAAUAUGCAAUCUGUUAAAGAUGAAGAAUUAGCAUUUCAUCCAAAUCCAAACAGUUAUGUCUUCUGUCGGUCGCUGAAGAAAAUUGACUACAUUGAAGCAUUCGAUUAUAAUACCGAUGGUAGUCAAACGUCUGUGUCACUGACGUUGGAACCUGGUGCUCAACAUCUUUUACCAUACAGUUGUAUUCGACCAUAUGUGGAAAGUGGUGAUGUCAUCUUGAUAUGAGUGAAGUGAACUCAAUAAUUAUUGUUGUUGUUGUUGUUGAUUUUUCGAACAGUGUUUAGAAGAAGAAGUAUAGUGGUCGGUUACUGCA